AGACGAACGUAGAUUCCGGUUUGGUCACAGCAGUGGCGGGAGAUUCCAGCAUGGCGGUGCAGCCGAAACACAACCUGUCUAUGGAUAGUGCAGCCGAGCAUGGCUUUCUGAGCUUUAUUUUCUCCAUGCCAGAAAAACCGGAAACUACUUUCAGAAUAUUUGACCGCAAUGACUUCUACACUGUCCACGGAAAAGACGCCAUAUUCGCGGCGAAGGAAGUUUUCAAGACUAAUGGGGUCAUCAAAUUUUUGGGCUCAGGGAGUCGCAAGCUGGAGAGCGUGGUCCUGAGCAAGCUGAACUUUGAGGCCUUUGUGAAAGACUUGCUGCUGGUGAGGCAGUACAGAGUGGAAGUGUACAAGAACCACAGCAAGAGCAGCAAAGAGCACGACUGGAAGAUUGAGUACAAGGCCUCUCCAGGAAACUUGACUCAGUUUGAGGAGAUUCUGUUUGGUAGUGGAACCGGUGCAGUGGGUUGUGCGGGAGUUGUAGCCGUGCGGUUUGCUACAGGAGCUGAUGGACAGCGAGUGGUCGGGGUCGGCUAUGUGGACGCCGCCCAGAGGACGAUGGGGGUGUGUGAGUUUCCGGACAACGAGAUCUUCUCCAACCUGGAGUCCCUUCUUGUCCAAAUCAGCCCCAAAGAGUGUCUCUUGGCCCAUGGUGAAGGCAACACCGACGGCAAUAAACUACGGGAGGUGGUAGAGCGUGGCGGCGUACUGGUCUCUGAAAGGAAGAGAGCAGAGUUUAGUAGCAAGGACAUGGUCCAGGAUCUCAACAGGCUGCUGAGGGCCAAGAAAGGAGAGACUGUGGCGAGCAACACGCUGCCUGAGCUGGACAAACAGGUGGCUAUGUCGUGCUUGGCCGCAGUGGUGCGUUUCCUUGAACUGCUCUCUGAUGAGUCCCACUUCAACUCUUUCAGUCUGACUGCUCUGGACCUGGGUCAGUACAUGAGGCUAGACAACGCUGCCGUGAGGGCUCUUAACCUCUUCCAGGGAUCACCUGAUGACACCAGUGGAGCUCAUUCAUUGGCCGGUCUGUUGAACAAGUGCCGUACGCCGCAGGGUCAGCGGCUGGUUAACCAGUGGAUCAAACAACCACUCAUGGACAAAACCAAAAUAGAGGAAAGGCUAGACCUGGUAGAGAGCUUCGUGUGUGACUCUGAGCUCAGGCAGACUUGUCAGGAGGACUUGCUGCGGCGGUUUCCGGAUCUUCACCGCCUGGCCAAGAAGUUCCACCGUCACUCUGCGACGCUGCAGGACUGCUACCGCGUCUACCAGGCUGUGAGCCACGUCCCUGCCCUCGUCACAGCCCUGGAGAGAUACUCAGGUCGCUACGAGGUUCUGUUGGAGGCGGUGUUCCUCUCUCCUCUCAGAGAUCUGAACGCUGACUUUGUUAAAUACCAGGAGAUGAUUGAAACCACACUGGACAUGAACCAGAUUGGCCACCAUGAGUUCCUGGUGAAGGCGUCAUUCGAUCCAGUGUUGAGUGAGCUGAGAGAAAAGAUGGACGCGCUGGAGAAGAGCAUGCAGGCAGUGCUGAACAGUGCCGCCAGAGAACUAGGUCUGGACGCUGGUAAGACUGUGAAGUUGGAGUCCAACGCCAUGCUGGGUUUUUACCUGCGAGUCACCUGCAAGGAGGAGAAGAGUCUGAGGAACAACAAGAAAUUCAGCACGCUGGAUGUUCAGAAGAACGGAGUGCGCUUCACAAACGGUAAGCUGAGCUCUCUAAAUGAGGAGUACACCAAGAACCGGGAGGAGUACGAGGAGGCCCAGAAUGCAAUUGUCAAGGAGAUCAUCAACAUCGCCUCAGGUUACGUGGAUCCCCUCCAGACGCUGAGCGACGCCAUAGCGCAGCUGGACGCUGUGGCGAGUUUUGCUGUGGUGUCCGUCUCCGCCCCUGUGCCGUAUGUUCGGCCCCGGCUGUUGGCGGACGGAUGCCGCCGUAUGGAGCUGCAGCAGGCCAGACAUCCCUGCAUGGAGACUGACGCGGACACCGCCUUCAUACCCAACGACAUCACCUUCGUCCAGGGAGAGAAGAACUUCUACAUUAUAACAGGACCAAAUAUGGGCGGCAAGUCAACGUUUAUUCGUCAGGUCGGUGUGAUCGCUCUGAUGGCUCAGAUCGGCUGCUUUGUGCCGUGCGAGAAGGCAGAGCUUAGCGUGAUUGACAGCGUCAUGGCCAGGGUGGGAGCGGGAGAUAGCCAGGUCAAAGGAGUGUCCACCUUUAUGUCCGAGAUGCUGGAGACGGCUGCCAUCCUGCGCUCGGCCACAGAGAACUCUCUCAUUAUAAUCGACGAGCUGGGAAGAGGCACGUCCACAUACGACGGAUUCGGUCUGGCAUGGGCCAUCAGCGAACACAUUGCCUCCAAAAUCAGCUGCUUCUGUCUGUUCGCCACUCACUUCCACGAACUGACGGCACUGGCAGCGCAGCAGUCCACGGUCCACAACCUGCACGUCACAGCCCUGACCUCCCACAACACACUGACCAUGCUGUACAGAGUCAAAUCAGGUGUGUGUGACCAGAGUUUUGGAAUCCAUGUUGCCGAGUUGGCGUGCUUCCCGCCAUCGGUGGUCGCCAUGGCUAAGGAAAAGGCGGAGGAACUGGAGGAGUUCCAGGAACCUGCAGGGGAGAGGUCGGAGCAGGAGGAAGAACCCGAGGCCAAGAGGCGACGGACAGACAAACAAGUGGGAGAAAGCCUGAUUCAGGACUUCCUGGAGAAGGCGAAGUCACUCUCUACUGCCACUAUGAGUGAAGAAGAGGUGAAGGCGGCGCUCAUGAAAAUGAAGGCACAGCUUCGCUCCAAAAACAACACUUAUAUCACAGAGAUCCUGUCCCGCUGUGUUCCUGCAAAAACAGCUUGAUUUUCAGGCUCAUCAUAACCAACAACGGUCAUGUACUGUAGGUAACCACACUAGAGCAUUUACAUUGUAUAUUUUUUUUUUUCAAUAAAGAAUUAACACUUGGAUAUGCUUGUUUUUUUUACAUUUGGCAGUGUAAUUUAAGAACAUCACAUUUCUUUGGAAGCACAUGAUGCUGCCAUUUUCAACAUUCCCAAACAUUAUAAAAUCAGACAUUUAUUGACAAUUCUGCAGGAUGGGAAUUUAAAGACAGACACCUGUGAUCUAAUAAAGUUUUAUUUUCUUAGAAAUG